UUCUCGCACACGUCUGCGGGUCAUCGCGUUGGAGAGAGAAAGAAGAGCGUGAUUGUGCCGCGGGGUGGGAGCCGCUUUCCGCACGCAGCCGCGGACGGGAGAGCAGUGGGGAGCUGCACCUCCGCGCACAUCUGUGCUCGUAUUUUGCAGUGCGCGAGCUUGAUUACCUGUGAAUCCCGUCGCGAAAUGUGUUCGGGCUAGAAAAUGCACUUCCAGCCCGUCGAAGGCCCUACUUGUUUGUUUGCCAUGCAGCCCAAGUCGAGGACAUUUUAGGAUAAUGGGUGGGUGCCUGAGUGUCGGUCGGGCAUCGAACACGGCCAGUGGAAAUGCAGCCGGAAAUGUCACAAGGCCAAAUUCAGGAAGAAAAAAUCAUCCCCUGUGUCAUGAUACUAUACGCUGGAAGUCUGAUGUCCCCCUUACUGAAGGGCAACUUAGAAGCAAACGCGAUGAGUUCUGGGACACAGCACCCGCAUUUGAUGGACGGAAAGAGAUUUGGGACGCCUUGCGAGCUGCGUCUUUAGCCACUGAAGCUCAAGACUUCGUCUUAGCUCAAGCUAUUUUAGAUGGUGCUAAUAUAUCUGUUCCAAAUGGCUUCUUGACAGAGUGUUAUGAUGAGCUGGGAACCAUGUACAAAGUCCCAGUUUACUGCCUGUCCAAUCCCAUCAACAUGAUAAAAGAAGAUGGAAGAGAAUCACCUGCAGAAUUUUCUGAGCCUGCUGAUGGAGGUACAGAAGUUGUCUUGAAAAUUCGACUGUCAUCAAAUGGUGAAGAUGUCAAGCUGCCUCUACUUUCCACAGAUACAAUUGCUACUGCAAAGAAAAAACUUCAGUGUCAUGAGGGUUUUGAGCCAUCUAAACAGAGAUGGUUCUUUGGUGGUAAACUGCUCAGCGAUAAAUUGCGGAUAGAAGAAGCCAAAAUCUUACCUGGAUAUGUGGUCCAGGUUAUUGUUAAUCCAGAACCUUUGUCCCGUGUUGAGAGUUGAGUAGCAGUUCCUUUAUAUGUGUAUAAAAUAUAUUUUAGGGCCUUGUACAUCGAACCAUCACUUUACUGGAUGAUAAAAACCCUUGUUUUAUUCAUGAUUGUAAGCUAUUUUUGUUUAAUCUUAAUUUUUUUUGUUAAACCAAUUGGAUUUUAAAUUGUUUUGUGAACACUCCCUAUGUAUUUCCUGUUAAUGUUUGUUACAUUGAAGAAGAGUUUUGUAUGAUAUGUUGUUACCGUGUGAAAACCUCUGUUGUUCUUCAUAGUAUGAUUUGUUAUUCCUUUGUAUUUUUUCUAUCAGUCUGAGUUUAUUUUAUACUCUAUUUAAUGGAAUUAUUCUGAAUGGCCAGUGCCAUAGUAUUACCUCUACACAUGGCCUUGCUGCUAUUUGAUGCUAAGCAGAUCAGCUUGUUUUAACUGUAUGCAGUAACUAGUAUUUUUUUUAAGCAUGGUUUGCCAAGAUAUGUGACAAAUUUUCAUGUGUCCAUAAAUCUCUUGAUAUGUAACAUUUGCAAGUACUCUUACAAUCUUAAUCUGAUGAGUAUUUAAACUUACAAUCUUUUACGCACAAAUUACCCAAAAUAUGGUGCAUGUUGUUCGGGUUUUUUUCAUCUGAAGUCAUUGAAUUGAAUGCUCAUACAAUCAUUCUAUCAGUAUUUUUUUUUUAUUGACUCCUUUAAGGUCCUGAUCAAAGUUGUGUUGUUGGCCGUUUGUUCCCCAGUAUGUAAAGCUGGUAACAAAACAAGAGCCAUAUUUCUUGUGGCUGAUUUAGCGCCGCGCACUUCUGUAGUUGUACUGUACCGCACAGGAUUGCCAGCGGGCUUGCCCAUUGUCAGUAGAGAACACGCCCGCCUGAAGAAAUGCGGUACAGCAUAACUACAAACGACUAUCAGCCUCCUGGUAAUCACAUCUGAAUUUCUCCGGGUAAUGCUUUAGCAAUGCUGCAUUUGCUAUACUUUGAAUGGGCAUAAUACUGCUGGGUAUUUCUUGUUCAAUUCAAACUAAAUUUCAAGUCUGCGUUGGGGUACAUUCUCAUUUUAUAAAUCUUGUACUGUGGUGGGCCUUUCAAAAACUGUUACAGGAAAAGUCUUUGUGAAUAUUUUAUUUUCAUUAGAUAAUGGAAUUUUAAAAAGGUUUUAGGCUAUUUACAGAUUUAUUGUCAUGUGGUGCUUAAAAAAUGUAUUUUUUUUAUACCUAACUCUAAAUUUGCAUUUUUGUUCAAGUUGCCAUUGAACAUGAAGGUGCUCAACUAAUUGUUAGAGGUUCUGUAAAUGUGACAUUUUUUUUUGUUUUAGCAGAGGUAGCCUAAAUCUUCACCCUUUCACCAGUAUUUUGUCUAGCUACAAAUUGAAGUUGGAGGGAAACAACUUCAUACUGUCUCAUAUCAGCAUGUACAGUAGCAGCUUCAGGUAAAAGUCAAACCUGUUGGUUUACGUAUUGUGUAAAUUGUAUAACUUCCUCUUGUUUGAGUUUGAUUGUAAGAACAGUAUCUGUCUAUUUAUAUCAACUUUAUUCUUAUUGUUUCUAAGUUCGUCUAUCUAACUAGUAUCUUUAAUUAUUUUUAAGAUUGCAUUUUUCUCUGUAUGCUUUUGGAGCUUAUUAUAGGUGGUGUGUUCUUUUAUAGAAUGACUGUUGUUUAACUUAUAAGAGUAUAGUGUAAAGCUGCUCCACAUACUCAGAAGUGUGUACGUUAUUAAGUCCAGAAUUGCUUGUUUACUUUCUAAUUUGUGUACUUAAGAAAUAUUGAAUAUUGCUGAAAGUGACAGUGCUGACCCAAUUAUUUAAGUUUGACAAAUCUUUAUUCCAUUGAUGCUCAAAAUGCAUUGCCAUUUCAUAUAGGCCUGAAGAUGACUGCCAUCUUUUCCUUCCUCCUUCCUUUCUUUGUAUGAAUUUUAAGCUACCUUUGAAUGUACGAUCAUGAACAAGUAAAUUAGUGUUAUUUUUUAUCAUAGUGCUGUUUUCAUGAUAUUUUAACACUGACAAAUUGCCAAUGAAAUUUAACUGCUCUAGCCUGCAUUUUGUGGUGUCUGUACUUUGCUUUUUAUUGAUAAAUGAUCUCUGUAGAGCUGUACUGAAAGGAUAUCUACAGAAACAUUUGUCACCCAUUGUAACCCAGGAAAUUUAAUUUAUUAUAAUGUCCAUUUGGACCAAUACUUCACUUACUUACCUUGUUUUAAGUUAUGCAUGAAUAUAAAUUUAAAAAAACUAUGGUGUGGUGAUAAAAAUGUCAAGAGUGGUAUUUUUUAACUGUGUGAUUGUAUUGUGCAGACUGAUAAACAAAUUUCAUGGCUC